AUGCCGACGAUUGAGGAACUCCAAGCUGAAAACCAGCGUCUUCGGGAUGAUCUUCAAGCCUGCGAGAACACUAUCGUGGCCCGAGACGCUACUAUAGUCACUAGAGACGCCACCAUCGCUGACCUCAGAGAGACUAAUCGCCUCAAGGACAUCCGGAUUACAGGCCUAAUUACCUCCCACCACCGCGAGAAGAUGCUUCUACUCAACGGUGUCGAAACCCGCCUCAACCAGCUACUCCAACUACACCAACAGCUUGCGCGCCAGCUUCGUCGUUGUGAAAACAGAGUGACCACCGCGCCGGCUCAGGAGGACAUCGUGCACGGAUUCGCUAUGACGCUUUGGCUGCUACGUGAAGAAAGAGCCCACGAAAUCCGCUUUAUCGCCGAUCAAGAGAGCUACGUCUCCCGACAGGUAACCAACGCGAAUGCAUUACUUUUCAACUUCACCGAGACCGGGAACCCUAUCGAUCUUCGUCAAAACCUCCAACGGGUCGCCAACGAACGUCUACAAGCCCGUAUUGCAGACUAUCUCGCAGUGAACCCGAAGUUGCGGAAAUCGUGA